AUGUCAGCGAUACAGAGAGCGAUCCGGAGGUUCCACGCUACCGUGAAUGCUCCAAGGCUCACCAGAUUGUCUCUCCAUGCGCCUAGAUGUGUAGAGGUGGAGUUUGGAAAUGGUAGUGUGUUCAAUUUGUCAGCUGAAUUCUUAAGAAUACACAGUCCAGCUGUUGAUGCCAAGGUUAGGUCAAUUGCUGGUGAAAAGGUGAUAUCUGGGCGGCGUCACGUUGGGAUUAUGUCUGCAGAACCUGUAGGAAACUAUGGGGUAAGGAUUGUCUUCGAUGACUUGCAUAACACCGGCAUCUAUUCAUGGGAUUACUUAUAUCAUCUGGGCAGCAACAAAUUCAGCCUCAUGAGAAAUUACAUCAAAACACUCAACAAGUAUGGACUCAAGCGGGAUCCGCCUAGAAGAAAAUGA